AUUCAAAAAAAUAGACACCAAAAAUCAGGAUCUCCGUCGAUUCGCGAAGCAACGGUAAGGAAUAACUGAGACACUGACACAAGUUUUUCCAAUUCCCAGUGAUGCUUGAAUGACAUCAUUUCUGUGCUUGGCGAAUCCAUUCUGCGCUACACCAAAAAUAAUCGUAUCUUGUGAAGUCCGCACUCGCUCCAUUCAUUACAAAAAACAUCGCGAAAUCAGAAGCACGAUGAAAUUCAAUACUGCGAUCCUGUUGGGAAGUCUCGCGACCGGCAAUGUCGCUGCCUUCAGCCGACAGUCGUACACAACAACAAAACUCAGCAAUUCGGUUUCCACGACUAUGGCGACGGCGUUGCAUGCGAUGACGGUCGACAUCGAUGAGAGCACCCCGAGGGAUGUCUGGACCAUGGAUGAAUACAUGGUGAAUUGCGGAGUCCAGCGGGCCGAUGGAUUCCAGCUGUACGACAGCAGCGAGGAGACCGGUGCCAGUGCCCCCGGAAUGGACUUUUCCGUGCUGACGACGACCGACUUGCCGGCCGAAUCACCCGUUCUGUGUGUUCCCUACGAGUUGAUUCUCUCGUCUGAGGAAAUCCGCGCAGGAGAGCUCAAGGGAUUGGUCGAGCCCGCUGAGGAAAUGCUCGAGAUCCUGGGCGUCCCCGAGAAGCAGUUCGCAAUGUUCCACCUCUUUCUGAAAAUUCUAAUGGAAUACGAAAAGGGAGAGGAUUCUCCCUGGUUUCCCUGGCUGAAUUCUCUGCCGCGGACCUUCAAAACCGGUGCUUCUAUGACACGUACGUAUCGCCCAGUGCGUUGCAACACUUUGUGCAAUGUCGUCAUGCGUAGACCAAACUAUCGUGUUCUAUUUCUCGACAAGAUUGUGCUCAUGCUGUUUUGAGUUCUUUUUCUCUCUUUUUCGCUUCUGCAAUCGCAUUUUUGAUUUCAUGUUCAGCUUAUUGCUUUGAGUGCCUUCCACCACUGGUUUCAGCACUGGCUUCGGAAGAACGCGUCAAAUUCGUUAACUUUUCGAAUUGCCUCCAACAGGUACGCUUUCUGAGCAGUGAGACCAAAAACAACAAGGAACUUGCGAAGUGGGCCUACAACAUAGUGUACACAAGGGCUUUCGGAAACAACGACGGCACCGGAAAGGAGGAAGACAACAAGCGGAUUGUGCCUAUGGCAGACAUGUUUAACCACGCUACGGACACCGAGGUUCAGAUCAGCUUCGACGACGACGGUAAUUGCUAUGCUUAUACGACACGGGACGUUCCUGCGGGAUCACCGCUACGGAUGUCCUACGGUUGCCCGACAAAUCCUUCCUAUUUGUUUGCUACUUAUGGAUUCCUUGAUGAGAGCUCUCCCGCAACUUUUUGCAAAAUUAUGGGCAUCCAACCGACGCAGGAGCUGCGCAAUAUCGGACUGGACUUUUCCAGGAUGCUCUUUUACAAGGACACAGGCGACAUUACCGAAGAGGUAUGGGAUGUUUUGCUGUAUACCAUAUUGGAAGAUCUGGAGGACGAUGACAGGCAAACGCAGACGACCUUUUACAACGCCUGCAUGCAAGGUGAUCUGGACACGAAGAACUCGAUCCAUCAGCAGUAUUUCCCGUUGACGUCGAGGGCGCUACAAAUCCACGUGAAUUCCUUCCUCCACGAGCUGGACGAACUGAACAACAAAGCUAACACGAAGGAUAUCAACGAGCACCCCCGGAUUCCGAUAAUACUCGAGCACAAUGCCUUCGUCAAGGAGACAUUCUUGAGGGUUAAGACAAACCUAGAUUCCAUGGUAGCCCAGAUGGCAUAAUCAGGAGAGAGUCGAGCCGAGGCAUGCAGAGCAAAGUUGGACAUUGCUUUCGCCUAGAUGCCAUUUGUUUCGAUCGAUGUCUUCGAACGUAGGCACGGGAAGUUGCGAAUCUCGAUGGAAUUUAUACAAGUCGUUGCCAUCUUCAGGGUUGAUGUUCUUUUCAUACAUCUUAGAAUACAUAAUAGUUAUUAGAACCAAACCACAAGCUUUCUUUUAGGCCUUGCGUCAAUUGAAAAACGACUGAAGCGUUCUCUAUAAUGUGCGUGCAUUUCCAAAUAACCGUCAACACUUGAAUAUCUGUAAUGAACCUGCCUUAUGUCCGCUCCGCGUUAUCUCUCGGAGUCUUCCAUUCCUCAGGAUUCAGAUAAAGUAUUAUAAGUUUAUGUGAUUUGUUUCAUAACUAUCAUUCAUCACACAAUGCAGGUACCUCCCGGUUCCUGAGGAAGACAGCUCUGCUGCUGUUGUUCCAGCCUUCGAACAACGGGCGUUUCGAUGCUAGCUUUGCCUCUCUGCUCAAAGUUAGAUUGAAUGCUGGGUAUAUUCGGUCCUGUAUUUCGAUACGAUUUUCAAACCGCUACCGUUGAAAGCACAUAAAAGGAUCAGUACUUAAUUGAUUCAUUCAUUCAUUCAUAAUCCAUCAAUCGUAGGGGGUGCGGAGACAAACAAUUUCGCAGGGACGCGUGCAAUUCCUCCUUCUCCGGAAAACUCCAAAGAAACGCAAUUCGAGUAUUUGCCGCCAUUUUUGGACCUCUUUACGGCAUUCAGACUCGCUCACGCCGAGUGAACGGUUCAUUCUACAUGAACCGUUGAGGGAGUGAUAUUCGAUGAUUUCUUUCUGGGUACUUGUCCGUGGACCGCCCGAGACGAAAAGUGUUUUCUCUGGAGGGCACAAGACAAUGAAUUCUUUGGCACCUCUUUCAAAAAUCAGCGAUGAAACAGAUCCCUGGACCCGGAUAGGACAAAGAAAAGAUUGAACUUUCACGACGUUGACAUGAACCAUUAAUUUUACUUCGGAUGCCGGGCAUCAUUGAACGAACCAGCCAUUAUUCUCAACCUCUUUGCCAUCGUAUUCCUCCUCUCUAUCAUCUACAAUGGGUUUUCUCCAUUUUGAUAACAGAAAAGUCUCCAACAGAAACAGGUUCAUGAUUGUAGCAGGAAUCGUUUUUUUCGCUUUUUUCGUCUCCGAGAUUCACUUUGCAAUUCAAUCAAAAUCCAAUCUCACUAGUAGCUCGGUCACGGGGAUUGGUGGUGCUGCUGGGCAUGAUUAUGAGCUAAGCAGCGAGGGCGAUAGCAUCGACCAGAGUAGUAUGUUUACGUCAAUGGAAGGAGCAUUCGAAUGGAACAAGUUCAUGGUUCCCAGAGGCGAUAAUAUGGGCGAAAGCGAUUUCUCUAUCGGCAGAUCCUUACCACCCCAGGACAGAAACACUGGACGGAAUCUUCGAAUCGAUCUCCUCGAGGCGAUGAAGUCUACAGUCCUUCCUCCACAAUCGAGCAACAAAAGGAGCCUUCGAGGGCAGCACUGAAGGGGACUGCGUAGGUUCCAAAGUAGCGAUUGACCAUUCAUUUUACGCUGGUCUUCCUCUCAUAAUCCCUCGAUGGCAAUAAUGACGGGAUGCAUUCAUUGGAAAUGGAUGAAUAUCUAAGCAAGACUCCCAGAAAGCAGAGUCUGACUACAACGAAUAGCCCAGAAGAAUUACAAAUUAAUAUGUAAUGUUACACGUCGAAACUAUUCGUAUGAAUAUGAAGAAAUUAUAUCUCCAAUCGAAAUAUCUGCAAGUGGGCAGAUUUCUUAUUCGUUCUUGUUCAGUUUGUAAUCCUUUUGUGUUAUUAUCACACAACAAGAUGUGCAAAGUCACUUUCAUGGGUGGCUGUUUGAGUUUGUCUAUUCUACUGUACUAUUAUUAUGAUUGGUUCAUGUAUUUUAUUUUGAAUCGAAUCAAAACCCGUAUCAUCUACUUCUUUUGCAAUGCCUCCUUUAGUGCACAUUUCUUCGUGGCGUCGGCAUUCGCCGUUCCGGGUGUUGUGUUGUCAAAGUUGAUUUCCUUCCACACGUGGUCGGGCACUGUUUUGCAAUAGGUCAAGAUUUUAUCGUUCUUGCUGUCGCUCUCAUCAAAUGUCGCCACGGCCCAAUCGACCAGCCGGUCGCGCCCACCCAAGGCCGUGAAUUUUUUCGUUCCGUCGACGCUUUCUUCCAUCCAGCAAAAGGGGCUCGAUUUGUGGCCCUCCGGGAAUUCGGCCCCCGAGUCCAUGAUCUCGGCCUUGAUCGAACUCAAAAACUCGGGGCGAAAGUGAAAUGUGUCAAAGUAAAACCAGGUUUCGUAUUUGUCGGGAUAUGCCUCGACGAUCGCGUCGGCAAUGGCGCGGGCCCGCCCCGUGUGAUGGGAUUUUCCAAAGCCCGAGACCUGUGAGUUUUUCGGGACGUGUUCGUUGUGUUGCAUUAAAAAAUUUCAUAAUUG